AUGUUGUUCAACCUCCCUUUAUUGCUGCUGAGCCACUGCUUAGGUGCAGUGCUUGCUCGCCCAUCUGAAGCUCCAAAGAGUUUGCCUCGACGACAAGAUGCGGCUGACACGUCUGUUCCGCCGCAAUCGAUUUGUGGCGACAUCAUCGACGGUGUGAAUGAAGGAUAUCGAAUUUUCUGGGCCUCAGACGUAUACGAAUGCUUGACCAGCGUUCCUUUCAACGACGCCGUGGCACUCCGCUUCAUCGAGUACUACAACGAGACUAUGCAGUUUCAAAGCACACUGGCAUAUCUCAAGAAUCCUCCUGAAGGCUAUCAACAACCUGCGUGUGACCUCAACCAAGGCUUGGAGCUUUUGAAGGCGAACGUAACUUCAGGUGCCUACAAGAACCAAUACGAAUUUGAAGCCGAUCUGCAGCUUCUGGUCUAUUCAGUCCAUGACGCUCACGUUGAUCUUGCUGCGGGAAUUCUUUCAGCCUUCUCAUUUUCGAGCCCUUGGUCCCUCGUUACUGCAUCAAUCGACGGCAAGGAGACCCCCAAAAUAUACUUCGAAUCUCAUGUUCGCGAUUACCGGGACAAUGGAACAAAGAUCUCCGCCAUUUCUCACAUUAAUGACGAACCGAUUGUCGAUUUCUUAACCCGCUAUGCUGCGCUGAACUCAGUUGGCAUGCUCGAACCCCAUGCCGACUGGAAUCAGAUCAUGGGCAACCCCGUACAGGAUAUAAUGGGAGCGCUGAACAUCUUCGCCGGCAGCGGUACCUUCUACCCUGGAGACGGGCUUAACUUCACCUACGAAGAUCCCAGCCUGACCGUAAACGCCGUCGAAGAGACCUACUGGGUAGCAAUUUACAACAACCCCGAUUUCACCGGUCCCCUGAAGACCGGCGGCGACUUCUACAACUACUUCGUCCUCGGACUGCUGCCAGCAUCCUAUGGUGAAGUUCCGCUGCCGCCGGCGUUUGGAGGUGGCGACCAGUCAGGCGUCAUCAUUGACAUAGAGCCGCAGCAACAACGCCGGAGCUUCUACAAUGAGAGUCUGAAAGCAUUCCCGGCCAACCCGGACGUUGUACAGAAUAACCUGGACGCGACUGGAAACGGUGGUGUCGUGACAGGGUACUUCUACGACGACAUCUCCACCGGCGUGCUCAGCAUUCCACACUUUGACCAGUACGGAUGGGACAUCGGCAACUUCAGCUUGGCCAUCGAUACAUUUCUUGAAGGGGCUCAGAACCGGAGCCUUUCUAAGCUCGUAAUCGAUCUCACAAACAACUAUGGUGGGACAACAGGCCUUGCACUUCUCUUGCUGCGGGACCUGUUCCCCGGCAUCGAUCCCUUCGCCGGAAGCCGCAGACGUAGCUUUGACAUGGCAAAUGUUCUGGGUUCUGCUACGACAAACUACUGGGAGGGGCUUCCGACCAGUAACUCGACAGAAUUUGAAGCGAAAGUCGAAUUGGUGGCAAAUGAAUGGGUUAUUACAUCUCGGUUGAAUGCUGAGACGAACGAGAACUUUACCUCAUGGGAGGAGUAUCAGGGUCCGCGAAAAUACAAUGACGACGACUUCAGCUUAGUGGAACGCUAUGACCUAUCCAACCCGUAUUUUCACCAGGCCGCUUUUGAUGGUUGGCUGAUGAACCGCUACAUCGACAACGAAGACGUUGGCAAGUCUCCACCGUUCAAGCCGGAAAACAUCGUCAUUCUCACCGAUGGUGCCUGCUCAUCCGCUUGUGCUCUCUUCCUCGAGCUGGCCACCACCCAAGGCAAAGCCCGCACCAUCGUCGUAGGCGGUUCCCCCAAGCCCGGCCCAAUGCAAGCGGCGGGCGGUACUCGCGGAGCCCGCAUCUACUCUGGCAACUUCCUUGACAACGACUUCGCCCUUGCCCGGGACAAGAGCGAGACUGCCGCAGCCAGGCUACCCGACGUCCGUGAGUCAGGCAUGUACGUCAGCUACGCGGCUUUCAAUCUCCGGGACCAGCUCCGCGCGGACGACGUCUCCACCCCGCUCCAGUUCCGCUACUCUGCGGCCGACUGCCGCUUGUACUACACCCUCGACAACGUGAAUAACAUGACUGUUCUAUGGCGAGACGUUGCCCGCGCUGCCUUUGAAGAUGACAGCAUGUGCGUGGAGGGCUCGACGGGGUACACCGCCCGCAACGGCGCGGUACCGAAAGCGCCGCCAAAGGCCACUCCAGUUCCGCUGUCCACACUCAAGACGGCGAUUGAGUACACAGUCGACUACGAUCCGGAGACUGCCAACGGACUCCCGGCAGCGCAGGGCUUUUCAACGAAAAUGGUAACGUUUCAGCUGUGCGACACCAGUCCGCAAGCGAUUUCGAAAUGUCCCAAUGGCGGGACACCGAUGUUUAACAUCCCGGUCUCCUGUGGAAAUAACUCGCAAGGAAGUAUCGCGUGCGGUUGUGUCCCAUCGUGCCAGCUUGGGGAGAAUAAAUGCAGCGAUCUCAACUUGAAGUGCGCCGAGGCCAAGUCGAACGUUCAGGCGACGAAUAAGGCGACCUUUGGACCCUCGAAAAAGAAUGCUGCAAGCACAUUCACGGGUGGGACGGUGACUCCGGGUUACUGCGUACCCAAAGUUGGAGGUCCAUUGCUGGGCUGCCCGCGUUAA